AUGAAGGCGGACCUGAUACACAUUGACGGACACAGUGACAUGGAUUAUCCCAGGAUAAUUGAGGACUUACCGGUGGGACAUCCGCCAAUCAACGACAAGCAGAUUUCCGCCAUGAUGCAACGCAAUGACCAGUUUAUCCAGGCUGCAAUCGCCAGUCACUUGGUACGAACAGUUUACCUCAUUCUCCCCACGUGGACCACCAAUUCCACCGUCGCGACCAACGCCUCACUCGGCCAGACAGUUAUGACCAACGGCCAACGCCAAUUCUGCAUCUGCUUCAACGAGGAAUCGGAUGCAGUUUGUCAAACUAGAAGUUUGCACACCAUCUCAGAAGAGAUUGAAGUUUCACCGAGUCAAUGCGUCAACCGCUCCCACUACCAACACAUCGAACUCAACUCUCGGAACGCGGCAGGCGUACUAAGGUUCUCCAAGACACGCGCUCUUCCACAGAACGACACUGCUCACCCUCUCAUUCUCGACAUUGACGAGGACUUCUUCGGUGUCCAAUUGGUUGGAAUGGUGCUAGCCAAUCUGGACUGCGAAAUGCAGAUGGCUGUUCACAUCAGCGAGUCACUAAGAGAGGUGCUGUGUCUUAGGAAAGGCACAUCUGACGAGGAAAUGCUAGCCGACGCCUGGUUCAGGGGCUUCAUCAACGACAUCAAGUCCGAAUGCCUGCCAGACGGUGAAUGUCUAGACUUCCUCGACAACGCGACACUGUCAGGCGAGUGUCAGGCUGCGAUACGGCGUUCAGCCAAUGGCAUUGACCCCACGAUCGCGUGCACAGAUGGUGACAGGGUGGAUUUUUACGUUACACGGCUCGCACAGGUUCUUGCCUACCUCACACCUGAGCAGCUGGACGAAGUGGCGCGGAUUGGCGCGUGUUUUGAAAACGCAUGGCGAACACACGCCUAUGAGGGACAGGUGGGCCUCUGUUUGGGACACAACAUUCCCGGCGCAUCGAUCGUGCCCGAAUUUGUUCCAAGUUAUCGCGAUUUGAUUGGUCUGGGGCGCAAUUUCACUCGAAUCGUCAAAUCGAUUUUGCCACGGCGACCCGAUGUGAUUACCAUUGCGAGGUCGGCGCGAGACGGCUACGUUGUGCGUCACCUACAGCCAUUGGUGGAGGCGGUUAUCAUCAAGGUCAUCAAAGGUGUCUUCAAUGUGUCCGAUGAGAACUUUCACUUUUCUGAGUAUCUUGCCGGCGGAAAGGGUGGAUGGAUUAACCGACAUUCUACAAACAAAUCUGGUUGA